UGCCAAUGUCAAUGUUUUUAUUUGUUGAACGAAUUUUAAUAAUAUUACGAGCUUCGCCAUAAGGACAUUUUAAAAACAUUUUUUGACAACAUCGUAUUUAUACGUAACUGUCAAUUUUCCUAAACACUAUUUAUAUUUAUAUAAAAGCAUAUAUUAUGCUAACAAUGAUGUCAAUAUGCGGAGUUAGGGUAUAAGUAUUGUUUUACUAGUUCAAUAAACAAUGUCUCAUCGCCCACUCGAUUAAAUGGUUUCCUGGUAUUUAUUAUGCCUUCUACAGAAGAGGAUAACAGAAGAAAAACACCAACAAACGAGUCUGAAGACGACUUGAGAUCCUUAUGUAACCUGGAAUUAGAGCUGACAGAAUACUUCGAUAGAAGUGACAGCAGGACAUACCAUGAGCUAUAUCCAGGGGCUGAGAUGAUAAACUAUGACUUCACCGCCGAAAGACAAAACAUUUACUCAACUAAUUUAAUAGAGUCUAUUGCUCAUCUUAUAAAAGGCUGUUUAGGAGCAGGUUUACUUGGCAUGCACGAAGCCUUUAAGUACGGAGGACUAUGGACGUCUCUCGCUGUUACGCUGAUUAUUGGUUAUAUUAUCACAUAUUGCAUGAUUAUGUUGGUUAGUUCAGCGCAGAUUAUGUACGGUAGACUCCGUGUUCCUAGACUGUCUUACCCAGAUCUAGCUGAAGUGGCCGUGGCUACCGGCCCUUUCAAUUUGUCUAGACGAGCAAGCAAGAUAUUUCGGUACUCAGUUAACGUAUUUUUAUUUCUACAUUUUAAUGGAACCUGUUGUAUAUUUGAAAUUAUGAUAGCGCAAACCCUGAAAAAGGUUUUAGAAUCUGUGUCGAGUUCGGAAUUUUCAAUAAGUCAAUAUAUUUUAAUGAUAACUUUACCGUUAGUGUCACUAUGUAUGAUAAGAAGUUUGAAAUAUCUAGCUCCGUUCUCCCUUGUUGCUGAUUUGUUUAUUGGGAUUUGUGUGAUAGCAACUGUGUACUAUAGCAUAACUGCCGCAUCUAGUUUAAGCGAUCUUCCCGCUUGGAACGACGUACAAGGCUUCUUUCGUUUGAUGGGAAUUUGUAUAUUUAGCAUCAACGGAAUCGGUGUAACGCUACCCGUAGAGAAUAAUAUGAGAAAACCUAAGUAUUUUAAAACUGUAUUACUAUGGGCAAUGCCUAUUGUUAUAUUAUUUAACGCUGCGAUAGGCUUCUUCGGUUACUGGGCGUGGGGUAAAGAGUGCAAGUCCCCAUUUACAAUUCAUAUGCCUUCGAAUACAGCAUCUAAUUUAAUGCAAAGUUUUUUAGCCAUAACGUUGGCUGUGACUUUUGCUGUACAUUUUUGGAUCCCAUUUAGAAUUAUAUGGCGUAACCUUAGCAGAAGACACAAGUCGAAAAAGGGCAUUUGGGAGCGCAUGUAUCGCUGUGUUCACGUAUUGGUACUGUCAGGUCUUUGUGUUGCACUACCAGAUAUGAUGACUUGGAUGACAUUUUCUGACAAUUAUUUCAGAUUGGCAAUGUAUUCACGGCGUUUUUGUUGUUUAUAUUUCCUGCUUUUAUUGAAAUUAUGGUUAUGUGGAGGGAACCGAGACGAAGAAAGUUUAGAUUAUUAUUUAUGAAGAAUAUUUGUAUCAUAUCCCUCGGAACAGUAUUGUGUGGAGGUGCUUUUUAUUAUGCUUAAUAAAUAUAUAAGAGACAAAAUUGAA